AUGGGGUUUGGUAGAGGGAUGAGAGUGCCAUUAUGGGCCCUAGCAUUCAUGAUCUGCAGCAUCCAACAAAAAGCUUCUAGUGCAGAAGGUGAAUCCGGAAAGGUUACCAUCAUCCCACCAUUGACAACAACACCAGUUAUAACAUCCUUCAACUCAGCUCACAAUGGGCAAGUCUGCAGCACGUGGGGCCAAUUCCACUACAAGACGUUUGAUGGGGACAUCUAUUAUUUCCCUGGGACCUGCAACUAUGUCUUUGCCUCCCAUUGCAACGCUGCCUAUGAGGACUUCAACAUCCAGAUCAGGCGCACAAUGGUGAAAGACAUUCCCACUAUCAGUUCUGUCACCAUGCGGUUGGAUGGGACGGAUUUUGAAAUGCAAAAAGAUGCCAUUGUUGUGAAUGGUGAAAGGGUUCAGCUGCCUUACACUGGAUCAGGAUUCGUUAUUGAGAAAUUUACCAUCUAUGUGAGAGUGAUAGUCAAGCUGGGCCUAACCUUACUGUGGAAUGAAAAGGACAGUCUAAUGCUGGAACUUGAUAAAAAAUAUGCCAAUCAGACCUGUGGACUUUGUGGGGAUUUUAAUGGCAUUCCACAAUACAAUGAGUUCUUUUCAAACGGGGCCGAAAUAACUACUUUGCAGUUUGGGAAUAUGCAGAAAAUGAAUGGGCCGACAGAAGAAUGUGAGGAUCCUACGCCGGUCUCUCUGAGCAACUGCACUGAUGAAUUUGAGCUUUGCCAGCAUGUACUGACUGGCUCUUCAUUCUUUCAAUGCAAUGCUGUGGUGGGAGUUAAUGACUACAUUGAGUCUUGUGUACAAGACCUGUGCCUCUGUAAACAAGAAGAUAUCACCUCCUGUCUCUGCGACACUUUUGCUGAAUAUUCCCGGCAAUGUGCUCAUGCUGGUGGGGAACCUCAGAACUGGAGAAGCCCAGACCUGUGCCCAAUGGAAUGCUCUUCCAACAUGCAGUAUCAAGAAUGUGAAUCACCCUGUACAGACACUUGCUCCAACUCUGAAAGAUCUCAGCUGUGUGAGGACCACUGUGUGGAUGGUUGCUUCUGUCCACCAGGAACUGUAUAUGAUGACAUUGACAAUGCUGGCUGCAUCCCCCACGAGCAGUGUUCCUGUGUUUACAAUGGAAAAUCCUAUGCUCCAGGAACAACUUAUUCAGACAACUGCCGUUCUUGUUCCUGUAUUGGGGGCCAAUGGAACUGCAUAGAACUCCCAUGUCCCGGCAUUUGCUCAGUAGAAGGUGGAUCACACAUCUCCACUUUUGAUAAAAAACGUUAUAAUGUCCAUGGAGAUUGCGUUUACGUUCUCUCAAAGUUUUGUGGAGAUGAUACAUUUAGUGUUCUCGGAGAACUCCGCAAAUGUGGCCUGACAGAGACUGAGACAUGCUUGAAGAUGGUUGCCCUCAACAUCAAUGGAGACCAGACUACCAUUGUGAUCAGUCCUAAUGGUGGUGUAUUAGUCAACUCGCUCUACACUCAGUUGCCUCUCUCAGCAGCUAAUGUAACCAUAUUCAGACCUUCGUCCUUCUUCAUCAUUGUGCAUACAAACGUUGGCCUUCAGCUAGUAAUCCAGCUCGUACCCACAAUGCAAUUGUAUAUUCAUGUGGAUCCAUCUUUCAAAGGAAGGACUUGUGGUCUCUGUGGAAACUUUGACAAGCGCCAGAUGGAUGACUUCACAGCCAUAAGUGGAGUGGUGGAAGGAACAGCAUCUGCAUUUGCUAACACCUGGAAAACUCAGGCUGCAUGUCCCAACAUCAAACAAAGUUUUGAGGACCCUUGCACGCUUAGCAUUGAAAAUGAAAAAUACGCCCGACAUUGGUGUGGAUUGCUGACUGACUCGGAAGGACCUUUUGCUAAAUGUCAUGCCUCAGUUAAUCCAGCUUCUUAUCAUACGAAUUGCAUGUUUGACACCUGCAACUGUGAAAGAAGUGAGGAUUGCAUGUGUGCUGCCCUCUCUUCCUAUGUUAGAGCCUGUGCAGCUGAAAAAGUAGAGCUUCCAGGAUGGAGGACCAAUGUCUGUUCCAGAUACACCACUUCAUGUCCCAAAUCCCUGAAUUACAGCUAUUCCAUCAGUUCUUGUCAACCUACCUGCCGAUCUCUGAGUGAACCUGAUGUUACUUGCAAUGUCAAAUUUGUCCCAGUUGAUGGAUGCACCUGUGAAAGUGGAACCUACAUGGAUGAUUAUGGAAAAUGUGUACCUGCUAACAAAUGCCCAUGCUAUUACAAAGGAACGUCAAUACUCUCCGGUGAAGUGCUCCAUGACGUUGGUGUUUUGUGCACAUGCAGCCAAGGAAAGUUGAACUGCAUUGGUGAUGGGGACACAAAACAGGUCUGCGUUGCCCCCAUGGUCUACUUUAACUGCAGAAAUGCCACUGCAGGCCAAACUGGAGCUGAAUGCCAGAAAAGCUGUCAGACUCUUGAUAUGCACUGUUAUAGCACACAGUGUGUCUCUGGCUGCAUGUGCCCUGCUGGGCUGGUGUCAGAUGGUAAAGGGGGCUGCAUCGCUAUGGAAGAGUGUCCAUGCAUUCACAAUGAUGCCACAUAUCAGCCAGGAGAGAAGAUUAAAGUCAACUGUAACACCUGCGUAUGUAAGAACAGGAUGUGGGAAUGCACCAAGGACAGAUGCCUAGGUACCUGUGCUGUUUAUGGAGAUGGGCAUUAUAUCACCUUUGACGACAAGCGUUACAUUUUCAAUGGGAAAUGUGAAUAUACACUAGUUCAGGAUCACUGUGGACAGAACAACUCUGCCCCCGGAACAUUCCGAGUCAUCACCGAAAAUGUUCCCUGUGGUACUACUGGAACCACUUGCUCCAAAUCUAUUAAAGUCUUCUUUGGGAACUAUGAUCUGAUCCUCAGUGAGGAGCGCCAUGAAUUAAUACAAAGGGGUGAUGGAGGCCAAGUACCUUACAAGAUUCGCUACAUGGGCAUGUAUUUGGUUAUUGAAGCAAACAAUGGGCUGAUCCUUUUAUGGGAUAAGAAAACCAGCGUAUUUAUCAAAUUACGUGAUGAUUUCAAGGGUCAGGUCUGUGGUUUAUGUGGGAACUAUGAUGGCAAUGGAAUGAAUGACUUUACUACCCGGAGUCAGUCUGUAGUAAGUGAUGUGCUGGAGUUUGGUAAUAGUUGGAAGGUGUCUCCCACAUGUCCUGAAGCGAAAUGCACAAAGGAUCCUUGCUUCAAGAACCCUUACAGAAAGUCCUGGGCACAGAAGCAAUGCAGCAUCAUCAACAGCAAGGCCUUUGCUGCCUGCCACUCUCAGGUUGAGCCAACGAGAUAUUACGAAGCUUGUGUAACUGAUUCCUGCGCUUGUGACACGGGGGGAGAUUGUGAAUGCUUCUGUACAGCUGUAGCUGCGUAUGCUCAAGCAUGUAGUGAAUUUGGAGUGUGCAUAUCAUGGAGAACACCAUCAUUCUGUCCAAUGUUCUGUGAUUAUUACAAUGAUGAACGUGAAUGUGAAUGGCACUACAAGCCUUGUGGAGCCCCAUGCAUGAAGACAUGCAGAAACCCGAGCGGGAGAUGCCAUUAUCAGUUGCCUGGCUUGGAAGGCUGCUACCCACACUGUCCAGCAGACAGGCCUUAUUUCAAUGAGGAUGAGAUGACGUGUGUUGAUGUGUGUGGCUGUUAUGAUGAUCAGGGUAACUAUCAUCCACUAGGAAAAACAUUUGACUCAAGAAAGACAUGUCAGUCAUGUACAUGCACCAGUAAAGGCAUAGAGUGUAACUACGAUGCCAAAGCAUGCUACUGCUAUUAUGAAGGAAAGACAUAUAUCUACAAGGAUGUCAUCUACAACACCACAGAUGGCUUGGGCUGGUGCAUGAUUGCAACGUGUGAUGUCAAUGGAACAAUCCACAGAGAACUAUUCAGAUGUGGUGGGACUACCACAAUAUCACCUACAGUUUCAACUACAACACCAAGUGAAGCAGAAUCCACUACAGCGCAAACAACAGUAUGUGUCCAUAGAACAUGUGAAUGGACUGAAUGGUAUGAUGUCAGCUACCCUAAAUUUGGACCAGACAAUGGGGAUUAUGAAACACCAGAGAAAAUAAGAGAUAGAGGAAACAAAGUAUGUAAAAUGCCAGAUGAAGUGGAAUGCAGAGCUCAGCGCUUUCCUAAUGAAAGCAUAGAAACCCUCGGACAAAACGUACAAUGUUCCAAGUCUAACGGUUUGAUAUGCAACAAUAAGGAUCAGACACCACCAAUCUGCCUGAAUUUUGAAAUCAGGUUCCUAUGCUGCCUAUACACACCAUGUGGUGCAUCUACAUAUACACCCAUUACUUCAAGAAAGCCAGAAACAACUCCAGCAACACCAGAAAUAACAACAGCAGGAUCCAGAACUACAUCUAAAGUGACAGGUGGCAUAACAACCACCCUGGCUCCCCUUGUCACCAUUACGCCAGGAAGCACCACUACCGGUUGCCAACCCAAAUGCCAGUGGACCUCUUGGUUCAGUUUUCACACUCCAAGCUCCGACCCUGGGGAUGGCGACCGCGAGGACAUUAAGAGCAUCCAGGCAUCGGGCGGUACCAUCUGCGAGCACCCUCAAAAGGUGGAGUGCAGAGGAGUGGACUACCCAGAGCUCAGCGCAUCUGAACUUGGACAGGACAUGAUCUGCGAUAUCGACACUGGACUCCUUUGUGAGAAUGCCAAACAGAGAGGGAAGUACAAGAUAUGUUACGACUAUGAGAUGAGAGCACUGUGUUGCGACUACAAGCACUGUGAAACCACGCCAGCGCCACUGGUCACAACAAGUGCCACCACCACAGAAGCCCCGGGUAGCACGGUGGGCAAGAGCACGGCUCCAGCAUCCUCCACGGGCUCUACGCCACCUCCUGUUGUUCACACCACCACCGAAAGCACCACCCUUGUUUCCCCAACACCAGGAGUAACCACAGGAAAACCAACAACCACAGAAACACCAGGCAGCACGGCAGGCAAGAGCACGGCUCCAGCAUUCUCCACGGGCUCUACGCCACCUCCCGUUGUAUUCACCACCACCGAAAGCACCACCCUUGUUCCGACAACUCCAGGAGUUACAACAAGAAAGCCAACCACCACCACCCACUCAACGCCGCUUUCCACCCUCCCUCUCACAACACCAGGCUCAGUCAGCACUGCUGCCGUCUCCACUGGAGUGGUCCCCACUGUGACAGCCACAACACUCCAGUCCACUCCUGUUUCCAAGCCUUCCUCAACAAUACCCACCACCGGGACCACUGCACAAACCCCUCCAGGCCUGCUGACCACAACAACCACCCUGGCUCCCCUUGUCACCACUACGCCAGGAAGCACCACUACCGGUUGCCAACCCAAAUGCCAGUGGACCUCUUGGUUCAGUUUUCACACUCCAAGCUCCGACCCUGGGGAUGGCGACCGCGAGGACAUUAAGAGCAUCCAGGCAUCGGGCGGUACCAUCUGCGAGCACCCUCAAAAGGUGGAGUGCAGAGGAGUGGACUACCCAGAGCUCAGCGCAUCUGAACUUGGACAGGACAUGAUCUGCGAUAUCGACACUGGACUCCUUUGUGAGAAUGCCAAACAGAGAGGGAAGUACAAGAUAUGUUACGACUAUGAGAUGAGAGCACUGUGUUGCGACUACAAGCACUGUGAAACCACGCCAGCGCCACUGGUCACAACAAGUGCCACCACCACAGAAGCCCCGGGUAGCACGGUGGGCAAGAGCACGGCUCCAGCAUCCUCCACGGGCUCUACGCCACCUCCUGUUGUUCACACCACCACCGAAAGCACCACCCUUGUUUCCCCAACACCAGGAGUAACCACAGGAAAGCCAACAACCACAGAAACACCAGGCAGCACGGCAGGCAAGAGCACGGCUCCAGCAUUCUCCACGGGCUCUACGCCACCUCCCGUUGUAUUCACCACCACCGAAAGCACCACCCUUGUUCCGACAACUCCAGGAGUUACAACAAGAAAGCCAACCACCACCACCCACUCAACGCCGCUUUCCACCCUCCCUCUCACAACACCAGGCUCAGUCAGCACUGCUGCCGUCUCCACUGGAGUGGUCCCCACUGUGACAGCCACAACACUCCAGUCCACUCCUGUUUCCAAGCCUUCCUCAACAAUACCCACCACCGGGACCACUGCACAAACCCCUCCAGGCCUGCUGACCACAACAACCACCCUGGCUCCCCUUGUCACCACUACGCCAGGAAGCACCACUACCGGUUGCCAACCCAAAUGCCAGUGGACCGCUUGGUUCAGUUUUCACACUCCAAGCUCCGACCCUGGGGAUGGCGAUCGCGAGGACAUUAAGAGCAUCCAGGCAUCGGGCGGUACCAUCUGCGAGCACCCUCAAAAGGUGGAGUGCAGAGGAGUGGACUACCCAGAGCUCAGCGCAUCUGAACUUGGACAGGACAUGAUCUGCGAUAUCGACACUGGACUCCUUUGUGAGAAUGCCAAACAGAGAGGGAAGUACAAGAUAUGUUACGACUAUGAGAUGAGAGCACUGUGUUGCGACUACAAGCACUGUGAAACCACGCCAGCACCACUGGUCACAACAAGUGCCACCACCACAGAAGCCCCGGGUAGCACGGUGGGCAAGAGCACGGCUCCAGCAUCCUCCACGGGCUCUACGCCACCUCCUGUUGUUCACACCACCACCGAAAGCACCACCCUUGUUUCCCCAACACCAGGAGUAACCACAGGAAAGCCAACAACCACAGAAACACCAGGCAGCACGGCAGGCAAGAGCACGGCUCCAGCAUUCUCCACGGGCUCUACGCCACCUCCCGUUGUAUUCACCACCACCGAAAGCACCACCCUUGUUCCGACAACUCCAGGAGUUACAACAAGAAAGCCAACCACCACCACCCACUCAACGCCGCUUUCCACCCUCCCUCUCACAACACCAGGCUCAGUCAGCACUGCUGCCGUCUCCACUGGAGUGGUCCCCACUGUGACAGCCACAACACUCCAGUCCACUCCUGUUUCCAAGCCUUCCUCAACAAUACCCACCACCGGGACCACUGCACAAACCCCUCCAGGCCUGCUGACCACAACAACCACCCUGGCUCCCCUUGUCACCACUACGCCAGGAAGCACCACUACCGGUUGCCAACCCAAAUGCCAGUGGACCGCUUGGUUCAGUUUUCACACUCCAAGCUCCGACCCUGGGGAUGGCGAUCGCGAGGACAUUAAGAGCAUCCAGGCAUCGGGCGGUACCAUCUGCGAGCACCCUCAAAAGGUGGAGUGCAGAGGAGUGGACUACCCAGAGCUCAGCGCAUCUGAACUUGGACAGGACAUGAUCUGCGAUAUCGACACUGGACUCCUUUGUGAGAAUGCCAAACAGAGAGGGAAGUACAAGAUAUGUUACGACUAUGAGAUGAGAGCACUGUGUUGCGACUACAAGCACUGUGAAACCACGCCAGCACCACUGGUCACAACAAGUGCCACCACCACAGAAGCCCCGGGUAGCACGGUGGGCAAGAGCACGGCUCCAGCAUCCUCCACGGGCUCUACGCCACCUCCUGUUGUUCACACCACCACCGAAAGCACCACCCUUGUUUCCCCAACACCAGGAGUAACCACAGGAAAGCCAACAACCACAGAAACACCAGGCAGCACGGCAGGCAAGAGCACGGCUCCAGCAUCCUCCACGGGCUCUACGCCACCUCCCGUUGUAUUCACCACCACCGAAAGCACCACCCUUGUUCCGACAACUCCAGGAGUUACAACAAGAAAGCCAACCACCACCACCCACUCAACGCCGCUUUCCACCCUCCCUCUCACAACACCAGGCUCAGUCAGCACUGCUGCCGUCUCCACUGGAGUGGUCCCCACUGUGACAGCCACAACACUCCAGUCCACUCCUGUUUCCAAGCCUUCCUCAACAAUACCCACCACCGGGACCACUGCACAAACCCCUCCAGGCCUGCUGACCACAACAACCACCCUGGCUCCCCUUGUCACCACUACGCCAGGAAGCACCACUACCGGUUGCCAACCCAAAUGCCAGUGGACCGCUUGGUUCAGUUUUCACACUCCAAGCUCCGACCCUGGGGAUGGCGAUCGCGAGGACAUUAAGAGCAUCCAGGCAUCGGGCGGUACCAUCUGCGAGCACCCUCAAAAGGUGGAGUGCAGAGGAGUGGACUACCCAGAGCUCAGCGCAUCUGAACUUGGACAGGACAUGAUCUGCAAUAUCGACACUGGACUCCUUUGUGAGAAUGCCAAACAGAGAGGGAAGUACAAGAUAUGUUACGACUAUGAGAUGAGAGCACUGUGUUGCGACUACAAGCACUGUGAAACCACGCCAGCACCACUGGUCACAACAAGUGCCACCACCACAGAAGCCCCGGGUAGCACGGUGGGCAAGAGCACGGCUCCAGCAUCCUCCACGGGCUCUACGCCACCUCCUGUUGUUCACACCACCACCGAAAGCACCACCCUUGUUUCCCCAACACCAGGAGUAACCACAGGAAAGCCAACAACCACAGAAACACCAGGCAGCACGGCAGGCAAGAGCACGGCUCCAGCAUCCUCCACGGGCUCUACGCCACCUCCCGUUGUAUUCACCACCACCGAAAGCACCACCCUUGUUCCGACAACUCCAGGAGUUACAACAAGAAAGCCAACCACCACCACCCACUCAACGCCGCUUUCCACCCUCCCUCUCACAACACCAGGCUCAGUCAGCACUGCUGCCGUCUCCACUGGAGUGGUCCCCACUGUGACAGCCACAACACUCCAGUCCACUCCUGUUUCCAAGCCUUCCUCAACAAUACCCACCACCGGGACCACUGCACAAACCCCUCCAGGCCUGCUGACCACAACAACCACCCUGGCUCCCCUUGUCACCACUACGCCAGGAAGCACCACUACCGGUUGCCAACCCAAAUGCCAGUGGACCUCUUGGUUCAGUUUUCACACUCCAAGCUCCGACCCUGGGGAUGGCGAUCGCGAGGACAUUAAGAGCAUCCAGGCAUCGGGCGGUACCAUCUGCGAGCACCCUCAAAAGGUGGAGUGCAGAGGAGUGGACUACCCAGAGCUCAGCGCAUCUGAACUUGGACAGGACAUGAUCUGCGAUAUCGACACUGGACUCCUUUGUGAGAAUGCCAAACAGAGAGGGAAGUACAAGAUAUGUUACGACUAUGAGAUGAGAGCACUGUGUUGCGACUACAAGCACUGUGAAACCACGCCAGCGCCACUGGUCACAACAAGUGCCACCACCACAGAAGCCCCGGGUAGCACGGUGGGCAAGAGCACGGCUCCAGCAUCCUCCACGGGCUCUACGCCACCUCCUGUUGUUCACACCACCACCGAAAGCACCACCCUUGUUUCCACAACACCAGGAGUAACCACAGGAAAGCCAACAACCACAGAAACACCAGGCAGCACGGCAGGCAAGAGCACGGCUCCAGCAUCCUCCACGGGCUCUACGCCACCUCCCGUUGUAUUCACCACCACCGAAAGCACCACCCUUGUUCCGACAACUCCAGGAGUUACAACAAGAAAGCCAACCACCACCACCCACUCAACGCCGCUUUCCACCCUCCCUCUCACAACACCAGGCUCAGUCAGCACUGCUGCCACCACCACCGAAAGCACCACCCUUGUUUCCACAACACCAGGAGUAACCACAGGAAAGCCAACAACCACAGAAACACCAGGCAGCACGGCAGGCAAGAGCACGGCUCCAGCAUCCUCCACGGGCUCUACGCCACCUCCCGUUGUAUUCACCACCACCGAAAGCACCACCCUUGUUCCGACAACUCCAGGAGUUACAACAAGAAAGCCAACCACCACCACCCACUCAACGCCGCUUUCCACCCUCCCUCUCACAACACCAGGCUCAGUCAGCACUGCUGCCGUCUCCACUGGAGUGGUCCCCACUGUGACAGCCACAACACUCCAGUCCACUCCUGUUUCCAAGCCUUCCUCAACAAUACCCACCACCGGGACCACUGCACAAACCCCUCCAGGCCUGCUGACCACAACAACCACCCUGGCUCCCCUUGUCACCACUACGCCAGGAAGCACCACUACCGGUUGCCAACCCAAAUGCCAGUGGACCUCUUGGUUCAGUUUUCACACUCCAAGCUCCGAUCCUGGGGAUGGCGAUCGCGAGGACAUUAAGAGCAUCCAGGCAUCGGGCGGUACCAUCUGCGAGCACCCUCAAAAGGUGGAGUGCAGAGGAGUGGACUACCCAGAGCUCAGCGCAUCUGAACUUGGACAGGACAUGAUCUGCGAUAUCGACACUGGACUCCUUUGUGAGAAUGCCAAACAGAGAGGGAAGUACAAGAUAUGUUACGACUAUGAGAUGAGAGCACUGUGUUGCGACUACAAGCACUGUGAAACCACGCCAGCGCCACUGGUCACAACAAGUGCCACCACCACAGAAGCCCCGGGUAGCACGGUGGGCAAGAGCACGGCUCCAGCAUCCUCCACGGGCUCUACGCCACCUCCUGUUGUUCACACCACCACCGAAAGCACCACCCUUGUUUCCACAACACCAGGAGUAACCACAGGAAAGCCAACAACCACAGAAACACCAGGCAGCACGGCAGGCAAGAGCACGGCUCCAGCAUCCUCCACGGGCUCUACGCCACCUCCCGUUGUAUUCACCACCACCGAAAGCACCACCCUUGUUCCGACAACUCCAGGAGUUACAACAAGAAAGCCAACCACCACCACCCACUCAACGCCGCUUUCCACCCUCCCUCUCACAACACCAGGCUCAGUCAGCACUGCUGCCGUCUCCACUGGAGUGGUCCCCACUGUGACAGCCACAACACUCCAGUCCACUCCUGUUUCCAAGCCUUCCUCAACAAUACCCACCACCGGGACCACUGCACAAACCCCUCCAGGCCUGCUGACCACAACAACCACCCUGGCUCCCCUUGUCACCACUACGCCAGGAAGCACCACUACCGGUUGCCAACCCAAAUGCCAGUGGACCUCUUGGUUCAGUUUUCACACUCCAAGCUCCGACCCUGGGGAUGGCGAUCGCGAGGACAUUAAGAGCAUCCAGGCAUCGGGCGGUACCAUCUGCGAGCACCCUCAAAAGGUGGAGUGCAGAGGAGUGGACUACCCAGAGCUCAGCGCAUCUGAACUUGGACAGGACAUGAUCUGCAAUAUCGACACUGGACUCCUUUGUGAGAAUGCCAAACAGAGAGGGAAGUACAAGAUAUGUUACGACUAUGAGAUGAGAGCACUGUGUUGCGACUACAAGCACUGUGAAACCACGCCAGCGCCACUGGUCACAACAAGUGCCACCACCACAGAAGCCCCGGGUAGCACGGUGGGCAAGAGCACGGCUCCAGCAUCCUCCACGGGCUCUACGCCACCUCCUGUUGUUCACACCACCACCGAAAGCACCACCCUUGUUUCCACAACACCAGGAGUAACCACAGGAAAGCCAACAACCACAGAAACACCAGGCAGCACGGCAGGCAAGAGCACGGCUCCAGCAUCCUCCACGGGCUCUACGCCACCUCCCGUUGUAUUCACCACCACCGAAAGCACCACCCUUGUUCCGACAACUCCAAGAGUUACAACAAGAAAGCCAACCACCACCACCCACUCAACGCCGCUUUCCACCCUCCCUCUCACAACACCAGGCUCAGUCAGCACUGCUGCCGUCUCCACUGGAGUGGUCCCCACUGUGACAGCCACAACACUCCAGUCCACUCCUGUUUCCAAGCCUUCCUCAACAAUACCCACCACCGGGACCACUGCACAAACCCCUCCAGGCCUGCUGACCACAACAACCACCCUGGCUCCCCUUGUCACCACUACGCUAGAAAGUACCUCUACUGUGUGCCUCCCAAAGUGUAACUGGACCUCCUGGUAUGAUUUGCACCGUCCUACCAGCAGUCCAGAUGAUGGCGAUAUUGAGAAUUUUGAGACCAUCCGAAAAGCUGGAGGAAAUGUUUGCAAACAUCCACAAGACAUUGAAUGCAGAGCUGAGAAUCACCCUGAUGUCAGCCUGUAUCUGCUUGGUCAGGAAGUGCAAUGUAACCUCCAUGUUGGACUUUUGUGCGAAAAUUCAAAGCAAACAGAUAAGAUGUGUUAUAACUUCCAGGUUAGAUACCAGUGCUGUGAAUACAAGCCCUGCCAUCCUAGCACAACACCACUGAGCACACCUGCUGCUUCCACCACAGAAAAACCUGGCAGCACGGCAGGCAAAAGCACAACUCCAGCAUCCUCCACGGGUUCUACACCACCUCCCAUUGUAUUUACCACCACCCAAAGCUCCACCCUUGUUUCCACAACUCCAGGAGUAACCAUAGUAAAGCCAACGACCACAGAAACACCAGGCAGCACUGCUGUGGCUUCCACCGUUUCAACCACAUCUCUUCCAUCUACCCAUGUUUCCAAACCUGUGUCGACGAUAUCCACUACUGCAACAAGUACUUCCAUACCUUCUACAACAGGAACUACAACAGUCACUUUGAGCAGAACAACUCCAUGUUUCUGCCGUGUGCCCGGAUUUAGUAAGGGCUUGUUUUCUCCUGGGGAAGUAAUAUACAAUAGAACUGAUAGUUCCGGAUGCAGUUUUUAUGCAGUUUGCAACAGAAGCUGUGAAAUUGAGGUGUUCCAGGGACCAUGCCCUUCAACAACUCCUUCCCACCCAUCAACACCAUCAGUUACAACUGCAGGAACCCCGCCUUCUCCGUCACCCACUACUGUUGUUCCAUCAACUGGAGUAUACACUACUGCAGCUGUAUCAACCCCCACAACUCCUGUAACAGGUUGCCCUGAUAUUGAUCCACCAAGAAAGACCAAUGAAACUUGGAUGUUUAACAACUGCACUGUGGCAACUUGUGAAGGAAACAACAAAAUAGUUCUGAAGCCGCAACCACCUGUAGAGAAGACAGUAUGUGUGAGUGGACUCCCACCGAUAAAAAUAGUAGAUAAGGAUGGCUGUGUCGAACGCUAUGAAUGUGAAUGUAUUUGCACUGGUUGGGAUGCUAACUAUGUGACAUUUGAUGGCACUUAUUACACUUUCUAUGACAACUGCACUUACAUCUUGGUGAAAGAGAUUGUGAAUAUACAUGGAAACCUCAGUGUUUUGCUUGACAAUUAUUUCUGUGAUGUCACUAACAAUCAGCCCUGUUCCAGAGCCAUCAUUGUAAAUUACAACUCAAUGGAAGUUGUGCUAAGCAGCGAAGUGCAUGAAGGAGUGAGAAUUAACAAGAUUUUUUUCAACCAUGAGCCGGUCAAUGGAGAUUUCACCAAAUAUGGUAUUUCUGUCACCAGUACUGGAACUGUCAUGAGUGUCGAAAUCCCUGCACUCCAAGCUUUUAUAUCUUUCAACGGGCUCACUUUCUCAGUAAAACUCCCCUUUGACCUAUUUCAGCAUAACACAGAGGGGCAAUGUGGGGUAUGUUCAAAUGACAAGACAGAUGACUGUCGCCUCCCCAACGGCCAUGAAGCUUCCUCUUGCACAGAAAUGGCCAGCUACUGGAAGACCUACGAUAAAAACAAGCCCCAUUGCUAUGGAGUACCAACAACAUCACCUCCGACAACAACACCGCAUGAGCCAAGAACGACAACACCAGCACCAACACCCUGCACCACUCCAUCUCCUCUGUGUGAGCUGAUUGUGAGCGAUGUCUUUGAAGAAUGCCAUAAGGUUCUGCCUCCCAGAAUAUACUAUGAAGACUGCCUCCUUGAAGCCUGUCAGUCUUCCAAUGAUUCUGUGCCUUGCUACAAUUUGGAGAUAUAUGCUUCCCUCUGCAUAGCUAAAGGGGUUUGUACUGACUGGAGGAACAUGACUCUAGGAAAAUGCCCAUACCACUGCCCCAAAGACAAGGUGUACAAUGCAUGUGGCCCCAUUCACCCUGUCACCUGUGAUGAUGGACCAACCAAAGAUACAAGUGAGCAUGUUGCUGAAGGAUGCUUCUGUCCAGAGGACAAAAUCCUCUUCAAUACAUACACGGAUAUCUGUGUCAAAACAUGCGGCUGCGUGGGACCAGACGGAUUGCCCAAACCACCUGGCUCCUCAUGGAAGAGCAACUGUCAAGAGUGUAUUUGUGACCCAUUGACUGAGAGCGUCCAGUGCAAGCCACAGACCUGUGUGUCAUCGGAACCACCCAAAUGUGAGAAAGAAGGGUUUGUGCCUGUCCCUGUGCUGACACCAAAAGACCCGUGCUGUCCAGAACUUCAAUGCAAAUGCAAUACUACUACCUGCUCCAAUGAAAAGAAACCUUGUGAACUUGGAUACGAGGCAACCCCAGUCCUGCUUGAAGGAGACUGCUGUGUCAGCUUUCCCUGUAUACCAAUCCCAGAUGUCUGUCUUGUCAAUGGAACACUUUACAGGGCUGAAAUGCCUGUUCCUAGCAAGCCAUGUGAAACAUGUGUCUGCAGCUCUGAAAAGGACCCAGACUCCAAUACAAAUCUUGUAAAAUGUCAACCAGUUACAUGUGAUAAGGAUUGCCAAGAGGGUUACGAGUACCAGGUAGAAGCUGGGGAGUGUUGUGGAAAGUGUGUCCAGAAUGCAUGCAUAAUCAACAUGAAUGAAACCACUGAGAUACUACAGCCUGGUGAUAUUUGGCCACCAGGAGGAAAUAACUGCAGCUACUACGAAUGUGAGCAAAUGAAUGAUACAUUCAUUCUGGUCCAAUCUAAAAGGAAAUGUCCCAUCAUUCAUCCAGAGGAGUGUGAAUCUCAUGAACUUGAACUGACUCCUGAUGGCUGCUGUGAAACAUGUAAACCUAAAACAAAUGACUGCAAGGUUCACAAGAACCAAACUCUUAUACGUCAGAGUGAAUGCCUAUCUUCUGAAGUUGUGGAACUGACCUACUGUGAAGGGGCUUGUCCAAGCUCUUCAAAGUAUUCCAGUGAGGCAAAUGCAAUGCAACGUGAGUGUACCUGCUGCCAGGAGCUCAAGAGCCAUAGGAGAAAGGUGACCUUGACAUGCCAGGAUGGCAAAAUCAUUGACUAUGACUACAUCUACGUGGACGAAUGUCAGUGCAUGACUGCGUGCAUUCCACAAUCCAAAAUUUAGUUAAGGGAAGAGGAAAAGUAGUGACUUUGCAUUCAUCACAGGAAAAAGAACCCAACAUGUUCCAAAGCAGCUAAAACCAGUCGCCAUCUAAAUGCUACUUCAUGUCUCUCAAUAUGUCCCUGAAAAGGUCAAUAGUAGCCUUUUUUCUUGGUCAGCUGCCUAACCAAAUUAAUGUUCUAUUUCCUGCAUGAUCAUUUUUGGUCAUUUUGGCUAGCUAUUUACAAAAACAAGUGCAUUUAGAAAAGCUUCCAAGGACCCCUAUAAAUAUAAUAAAAUGAUGAUAGAAAUGUAUAACAUUGUACUGUAAACUAAACUUCUGCUUCAAAUUUUCUCUGCAAUGCUGUUUAUUUUUGGCAACUAUCUUUUAAAUUACUGAGCAACCUUUGCUACAGAAGGAGUGUUUUGUAUAGUGUCAGCAGGCAUGAGAUUUUGACAAAGAUAAAGCUGCUUUCCUUUUUACUCUUGUUUCUUAAGAUUAAUAAAAAAUUUAAGCAUGUUU